AUGGCGGCCUCCGUGCUGCGCUCCGCCUGCGGCCCGCCGCGGCUCGGCCUUCCGGGGCUGUGGUGCCGCCGCCGGCCGCCCCGGGGCCUGUGGGCGCGCGCGCGGCGGCUCCCGGGGCUCGCGGGGUCCGGGCGGAGCGUGGCCGCGGCCAGCGGGUCGGGUGCCGCGGGCGCCGACCGCUACUGCGUGGAGCUGCUGCGGAAACGGGAUUAUGAAGGCUAUUUAUGCUCCCUGCUGUUCCCUGCAGAAUCCAGAAGCUCUGCCUUUGCAUUGAGAGCCUUCAAUGUGGAACUGGCUCAGGUUAAGGACUCUGUCUCUGAGAAAACAAUUGGACUGAUGCGAAUGGCGUUUUGGAAAAAAACAGUGGACGACAUAUACUGUGAUAACCCACCCCAGCAGCCUGUGGCCUUGGAGCUGUGGAAGGCUGUGAAAAGACAUAAUCUGACUAAAAGAUGGCUUAUGAAAAUCAUUGAUGAAAGAGAAAAGAAUUUAGAUGACAAAGCAUAUCGUAAUAUCCAGGAAUUGGAAAAUUAUGCUGAAAACACACAGAGCUCUCUUCUUUACUUAACACUGGAAAUAUUGGGUGUAAAGGAUCUUCAUGCAGAUCAUGCCGCAAGUCACAUUGGCAAAGCACAGGGCAUCGUCACUUGCUUGCGAGCGACGCCCUAUCAUGGUAGCAGGAGAAGAGUGUUCCUUCCCAUGGACAUCUGUAUGCUGCAUGGUGUUUCACAAGAGGAUUUUCUACGGAAGAACCAGGAUAAAAACGUGAGAGAUGUGAUCUAUGACAUUGCCAGCCAGGCGCACCUGCACCUAAAGCAUGCUAGGUCCUUCCACAAAAGUGUUCCUGUGAAAGCGUUUCCUGCUUUUCUUCAGACGGUUGCCCUGGAGAACUAUUUAAAGAGGAUCCAGCAGGUGGAUUUUGACAUAUUCCACCCGUCUCUACAGCAGAAGGAUACGCUACUCCCCUUAUCACUGUAUAUUCAGUCAUGGAGAAAAAGAUAUUAAAGUAACUUUACGGCGCUGCUUUU